UGCUUCCUGUCAUCUCUGGAGCUCCACUCUGCAGCCACACUCCUCUCAAAGGCUCCGUUUUCAGCUUUCACUUUCGAUCUGACGUCACGGACUGAUUUCCCUUCCAGAGCUGUACUGGGUGCGGUGCUGAUGGCGAAUAACAGAAAACAUACCGGGCCGAUAUGCCUAUUAAUUGUGCUAGGAGGACUUCUACAAAAUACUGGGGCUGUAGUAGUACAAGUAAAAUUGGUGGGAAGUGAUGUUAUUCUGAAGCCACAAUAUUCUGGAGUACCUUCAGAGAUAACAUGGAGAAAAGAAAAGGACAAGGAAAGGGACAAGGUGGUGGUCAUGAAUCUGAGCCCCCAGGAACAGCCAGAAUUUUACAUUCUUAAAGACAGAGCAACUAUUGAUAGAACCAAUGGAGCUCUGAACAUAAGGGACCUGACUAUAGAGGACAGUGGGCUCUACGAGGCAGAUGUGACGGUGAAUAGUACUUCACAGUACACCAAGAUAAAUCUCAUUGUAUACGCUGUAGAAGUAGAAGAAAAAUCGGUGGGAAGUGAUGUUGUUCUGAAGCCAAAAUAUUCUGGAGAGCUUUCAGAGAUAAUUUGGAGAAAAGGAAAGCAUGAAGUGGCGCACAUGAAGCUGAGCCCCCAGAAAAAUGUCACAUAUUCCCCCCUUCUUGAAGGCAGAGCAGAUAUUUAUAGUACCAAUGGAGUGCUGACUAUAAAGAACCUGACUAUAGAGGACAGCGGGGUCUACAAGGCUGAAGUGGUGUUGGUGGAUGGUACUUCACAGUUCACUAAGAUAAAUCUCAAUAUUCGGGAGUGCAGCUAUCCAUAUACAGGGAUCAUUGCUCUUAUAGUCAUCGUGGUGGUUCUGGCUGUCAUCAACUUUCUGUGGUGUUUCUAUGAGAAACCGUGUGUAGUGGACUUUGUCCGGAGAGUCCGUGAACAUAUCCCCUGGUGUAAAGCAAACCCACCACAGUAA